AGGAUCAGGGGCGAGAGGGCCUAGGAGUGAUCCAUGAUUCAUCUCUCUAUAUUUACUGGUGUUUUUGAUUUCUUAGAGAAGACUUACUGGAGUUUUUGUUGGUUUCAUUUGAAGGUCAUUUAUACUAAUUAGGUAGGGGAUUCAUUUAUUUUUGUGUGUGCAUAGGAAUGUAUAAUUCUACUCCUACCCUGUAGUCAUUAGCAUUAGUUCUGACUAAAAAAAAAAAAGAACGGACCCCCGCUCAUUAUUUCUUUCUCUUAAAAAAGAUUGUGCUCUCUCGCUCUAAAUCCACGCUCACUCUUUCUCUCUCUUAAUCAGAUUGCUCUCUCGUAAGGGCAAACAAAUCGUUUUCUCUAUUUGCAGCAGAUCGCCCGUUCUCUCUCUAAAGCAGAAAAACUUCAAGUAAAUUCGGUUAUAAAGCUCAAAAACAUAUUUUUUUUUUAAAUUUAGGGUUUUGAAAAACUGUAAAGGGUAAAUAACUCCAAACUAGAGAGAGAGAGAAAGGAAGCUCUUACCAGAGAGGGAGGGAGGGAGAGAAGGAGCAUGUUGAGAAGACCACAGCGCUCCUCUUACUUCUCUCGUAUCAACCACCAUCCCUCUCCACGAACUUGCGUCGUUCUCCCUCCUCACUCUCCACAAACCACUGAUGCAUUGGUGGUGGCGGAGGCGGAGCCUAACCUCUCCAAACCUUCCCCCGCCGCUUACCAUGACCUCUUCAAGCUCGCCUCGAAGCACCCACAAGCCGAAGCCGCCAUGGAAAAACUCUUGCUUCAAUCCAGAGAACACAACUGUCCCCUUUCUCUCUCUUCAGCCACUCUCCUCAUCAAGACCUUCACCUCCGGUCCGGGUUUUCUCGACAAAGCUCUUCAAGUCUUUGAAGAGGUAAAGCCACGAAUCACUAAACCCCUUCUCUGCAACAUCAUUCUUCAGUCUCUGUUUCGAGCUGGUCGAUUUGAGGAUGCCAUGAAAGUGGUUCGUGAUUUGCCGCUAUCAUCUUCCUGUAAACCCAACUACUUCACUUUCACUAUCGUCUUCUCUGCGCUUCUUAAGAGCAAUAGAUUAGUUGAAGCCAUUGAAUUCAUUCUUGAGAUGGGAAAGCAAAAUGGGAUUGUUCCAGAGUCUCUGCAACUUACUCAACUCAUCACUCUCCUCUGGAAGAACAGGGACAUCGACAAAGCUUGGGAGGUUUUUCACACUGUGAAGAAGAUGGGUUCUGUAUCUGUCCAAUCCUGUAACGCUCUGUUGACUGGUUUGGGUCGAGAUUUUGAUUUCUUGAGGAUGAACACUCUCAUGACUGAGAUGAAAGAGAUGGGAAUCGAACCCAAUGUGGUGACCUAUGGAAUACUCAUAAACCAUCUCUGUAAAUCUCAUAGAGUUGAUGGAGCAUUGCAGGUAUUGGAGAAGAUGGCUUGUGCUCCUGAUACCAUUACCUUCAACACUGUAAUAGAUGGUCUUUGCAGAGUGGGGAGACAAGAUGAAGGAAUUGCUUUGAUUGAAAGAAUGAAAGGGAUAGGUUGCUCGCCCAACACUGUAACUUACAAUUGCUUGAUUGAUGGGUUAUGCAAGGCUGGGGAGAUUGGCAUGGCUAAGCGCUUGUUUGAUGACAUGAGGAAGAAUAAAGAAGGGCCAGCUCCAAAUGUCGUCACUCUGAACACCAUGAUUGAUGGUAUGUGCAAGAAUGGACGGAUAAGUGGCGCUCUUGGGCUUUUGCGUGAAAUGAACGAUAUGGGUCUACAAGGAAAUGCCAUCACUUAUAAUACACUGAUUAGUAGCCUCUGUGGUGUGAAUAAUGUGAACAAAGCACUUGAAUUGUUUGAAGAAAUGGUGGAGAGGGGCUCAUCUCCUGAUUCGGUCACAUACUUUACCCUGAUAACAGGGUUGAGCCAAGCUGGGAGGAUGAAGGAGGCCUGCAAUUUUGUUUUUUUAAUGGAAAGGGAUGGGUUUUGUCUUGAUUUGCAGAGCUAUGGUGCUUUGAUAAAUGGGUUUUGUAGGAGAAAGAAAUUCGACGAGGCCAUUGCAUUGUUUGAGCAAAUGGAAAAGAGAGGGCUCAAACCAGAUGGCAUGACUUAUACGAUGCUCAUUUCGGCAGCGAGCAAAGAUAGGGAUUUAUCCGCUGCUCAUGAUUUGAUGGCCAAGAUGGUUGAGGAAGGUUUUAAGCCAUCGGUCGUUACUUAUGGUGCAUUGAUCCAUGGGUAUUGCAGAGCAGGCAAGCUUGAGGAUGCCAUGAAACUUUUUAGAGAGUUGCCCAGCUUGGGCAUCCCACCAAAUGAUGUGAUUUAUAACAUCUUAAUAGAUGGUCUAUGUAAGGAAAGCAGAGUUGAUGCGGCUAUCUCUCUAUUGGAUGAGAUGCCAAACAAAGGGCUGGUUCGAACCGUUCCUGCUUAUAAUGCAGUGUUCAAGGCGCUUCGAGAUAAGAAUCUCUUGGAUAAUGCAUUUGAGUUGAUGGAUCAAAUGAAAGAAGAGGGAUGUAACCCUAAUUAUAUCACUCUGGAGAUCCUUGGCGAGUGGUUUUCUUCUGCUGGAGAGCUGCACAGACUGAGAAGUUUCAUGCAAAAGGAUAUCUUCUUGAUGGAAGACCUAGUAUAAUUUAGUGCAUUGCAAUAGGAUAAUCUGUGAUAACCUAGGGGAGCUUUAAAGUAAUCUGUUACAGUAGAUAUUGAAGACCAUGGCUUCUGGCAUGCAGGUUCAAUGUACUGUGAGAACUGGUAGUGUUCUUCCACCUGGUAUCAUCAAUAAAGAAUAGCUUGACCUUCUUAAUGUUUGUCUUAUUGAUGCGAGCCAUAUGAAUGACAACUUGAAUUUUUUUUUUUUGUAAUUGAUUUGUUGUGUGCAAUGAAUUAAAUGGAAAGAAAUUAAAUAAGUGGCUCACAUGGCAUUAAAUCUCUCACAAUAUUUCAUGAUUAAGAACCUCAUGGAUAGUACAAAGGGGCAUUGUCGUCAGGAUCUCCCAACCUAGGUGGUGAUCCCGCUCCAUAAUCUUGAUCUAACACUCUAGGAAAGGGAUCUUCAAAGAGAUCUCGUUUUCUAAAUUUUUGGAUCUCAAUCACCACUAUGGGAAUCUCGAUGUCCAGCCUAAGACCAACAUAACAAUUAAAUUGAUGAUUUUCUUUGUUAAUAGCCAGCUUGCAAUGCAACUAUAUUUGCAAUAUAGUUGUUGUUGCUUGCAAGCUAUAAAUAAAGAUCCCGAGUACAUAUAGUCUUAGAUUAUAUCAGUGUUUCAAUAUGCGGGAUGCAGUCCCGAUGCAAUCGAGGGGCCAACGUGGCGAUGUGGCUCGAUGCAGUCCAGAUGUGGUGCAUCACCUUAAUGUGGUCAAUAAAGAUAAAAAAAUUUCAAAAAUUCUCAAAAAAUAGGCUAAUGCAUGAAAGAAUUUCGAGGUGAUUUAUAUGAUAGUAGAUAUUUAAUUUAUUCAUUAACUUCAAUAUUAUCAGCUGUUAGAGACUUUGAAUCCCCUGAUAGAAGAUAUUAGAAAGUAGAAACUAGAAACUUGACACUAACUUUAUAGAAGACCUUAGAAGAGAUCAUGUUUUCAUAAUUCAUAGACAUCCAAAAACCAUAAUCGCAAUUGCAAACUUUAAAAUUACGAACUCCAAAGCAAAGGUACAUACAAACACUAAAAGUCUAUGAAGAGUUCAAGAGUCAAAACAAAACAUUGAAGACAAUAGAAAUCAAAAGAAUAAUCUACUCAGCUCUCAAGUCUCAUUCUCAAAUCCUAAUCAGACAAGUCAUCUAGGGAGUCGAUUGUGUAUGUGCAUCUCUAGCAUCCCAAUUGACAACCCAACCAACAAUGAAAGCAAUCCGGUGACUUUGUGCAAAAAAAAUUGCCACCCAAAAUAUUUUCUCUUUUGUUUUUUUUUAAUCAAAGAACAGUCAUGAAUGGGGCUAUGGAAGCGCCCAUGAGUGUGGGCAGGCUAGGAAACACUCGCAUAUGCGGGCGCAUCCCACCAAAGCACCUAUGCGCCCCUAGGUGAUGUGCCUAGGGGCGCAUAGCGCAUUAUGCUGCUGCAUAUGCGGCGAUGUGGCUGCAUUUUAAAGCAAUGUAUUAUAUAGAGUAAGAUUUGCAGGGAUCAAGAUCACCAAAAGGUUGAGAUCGAGCUCUCUAGUAUUUGGGGAUCUCAAUCCCUAACAUAUGCAGUGUACAGACCAUGCUCCAAACCACACAGAUUUUCUAGUCUUUCCUCUACUUCUGAUCCCAACAAGUCAACAGCUCUGCACGGUGCAUCCCUUUUAGAUUUGAAGAAUUCUAGCUGAAGCAUGUUCCCUUUUGAGGAUUUAUUUGAUGAGUCUCAGCUAAGACCUCAUGAAGGAUGGCUCGUUUUCAAUCUUAAAUUGAAUUUGAAGAGAACUUAACUGGCUCUAAGAACUUCAAGUAAGGAAGAUACAUUUUCGUGCAUCCAGUUAGAGUGUGGAAAAACCGGAUAUAACAUGAAAGAAGCAGGAAAAAUUCCUGGCUCAAGAUGUUUAAGCCUUUAAGGGAUCAGCUGUGGAUGAUCCUAGAGCAAGCGAAAUACUCCAUGCAUUACUUAAGCAAAAACUACUAACUUUAUCUUUAGGGCUUGUUUGGUUCACGUGAAAACUUGCCUCACGAAACAGGUUGCAUAGGAAACAUCCACUUACACACGUUUGGUUCGUGUGUAAAGUUGAUAAAAACAUUUUCAUUGGGAAAUGGUUUUACCAUCAAAAGGAGGAAAUCAGGUGAAAUGUAAUCCCCACCCCACAAGGUGGGGAGUAACUCACCGGGGACCCAUUUCUCACACGUGAACCCCAAAAGAUAUUCUAAUAGCGUUUACUGCAGGAGAAGAAAUGACGGACGCAAAAAGAAAAACAAACUGCGUUCACCCUGCUCUCCCACUCGUCCCUCUCAAAACCCUAAUCGUCAAACCAUUGCUCCUUCUUCUCUGCGCUAAACCCUAGCCCCUUCCUUACAAGCCCUAGCCCCUCUUUCACAACCCUCUAACAAAGCCCUGCCCCUCUAUCAAAGCCUCCCUGGACGGUCUCUCUCAACCCUCUGCAACUUCUUUCACAUACCCUCAAGCGAGGAUGCUGGUGUUCUAUUAUUCUUUGACAAUGAUGUGUGUUUUUGUUUUGGGCAUAUUAACCAUUAUAUUUUUUAAUUUCCUCAAUAUUGGUUUCUCAGCUUAUGAAUUUGAGUUGGGCUCGAACUUAUCUAUCUUACAUAGAUGUGACUACAAGUUGGUUUUUCCAAAAUCCAUGCAACCAUUAGAAGAAACUAAUUUGGUCAGUGAAGGAUUUGGAAAUUAGGGAGGUUUGAGAAUCAAUAUGUGUUUUUUUUUUACUGCAAUUUCUACCAUUAAAUUGAUAGUCUAGAAAUGUAUUGGCAAUCCAAAGGUAGUGACAGGAGACAGCUAAGGUUACACGUAUUUUAAUGGAAAAUAUUCAUUUUAAUAUUUUCGAUGUAUUAUAUUAUUUUAAUAUUUUUCUUCUUGAGUCUGGGUAUACUUGGUUCUUGAUAUAGGUUCCAAGUAUUUUAAUGGAAAUUAUUUAUUUUAAUAUUUUUUAUGUUUUUAUUGAGUCUGCGCAGUUUUGGGUUACUGAUAUGUAUUCAAUGAGAUAGAAGGUUUUUGGGAGCUGAUAUUUCUUUAUUUUAUUUACUUUUUAAUUGUGAUUUUGGGGCUUAAAUUAUUGUGGGGCUUUGGAUAGGCUGGAAACAACACGGAUUGAUCUUCUUGAAACUAAAAUUAUGGGGUCUAGUUUCAGUAAUUCACAAAUAAAACAUAGCCAUGGAGGCUGUUAAUUUUUUAAUCCUUUUGUGGCCCCUGUUUUUGAGGAAUGAUAUAUUUUUGUCUAAAUUAGUUCAAAGUUUUGAUCUUUUCCUGACUUGGGCUUUAAGCGUGGCCCAUAUAUCCUUGGGAGUCUCAAGGAUCUUGCUGUUUUGUCUCUUAAAAUAUCAUAAAAAAUGUUCCCCCAUAGUGAGAAAGAGUAGGUUAGCUUGUUUUGGGUUAGUUGACAAACUUCUAAGAUUUGUACCCCUGAACUUCCUAAUACAAACUGAGAUGUCUUACCAUUUAGACCAGACAGGUGUGAUGGAAGCACGUUUGUAGGAAAGGCUACUGUCAUGGAACUCUCGAGUCCCCAGACAGGAAAUAACUGUGAUUGUUCACUAAUUGGGAAAGUGAAUUUGUAACUGAAUCUGCUACAAAGUGGUAUGAAAAGUGUUUCCAAAGAGGUAUGAGAAGUGUUCCCAAAGAUAUAUGCCUAUUUCACUCCAUAUGUGUUUCUCUUUUUCAUUUUAUGCAAUUGCAAGUGGUGUGUCCGGUUUCAUCAUGUAUGUACAUACAGUAUCUGUUCAUCUUCUUGUUAUCUUUCUAUGUACAAGGUUGGUAAUGAUAUCUGAUGAUUGUGAUCUAUGGUUGUAGUUUGAGAUUGGUUGUUGUGCAACGAAUCUUAUUUAUUGAUUGCUUUUGGGUUUGGCAGUGCGGGACCUAGGUUUUCUUUUUUAGUUCUCCCUGUGUCAUUCUGUUUCCCAUGAUCUUUAUUAGAAGAUAGUGGCAUGAAAUCCUUCUAAAGAGAUAUCUAUUUCUUGUAUAGAUGUGCUACAUUUUAACCCUUUCAUUUGAUGUUAAAAAAAAAAAAGGUUCCGGUUGGUCUUUUUGGGGACAAACUUCAAGGAUUGAAUCCUUUACCUCCCACCUCCAUAUGUCAACCAAUAUGCUAAAGACAAAGGGGCAUGGGAUGCUUCAUUAUGCUCUCAAUAUGCAAAUGCAGAUAACGUUUUCACUUGAUUGAAUAAAAAGAAUGAGAACUUGGCUCUUGUAUCACUUUUUUUUUUAUGACUCUCUCUUGCAUUACUUUUAUGUGUGAUGUUUUCAAAAUGGCUAUGUAUAUUCAUGACUCUCUCUUGCAUUACUUCAUUAUGCUCUCUAUAUGCAUAUUCAUCAACUUUUAUGACUCUCUCUUGCAUUACUUCAUUAUUCUCUCUAUAUGCAUAUUCAUCAACUUUGUGUUUUGAUGCUUUUCUAGUAAGCAGAAUAUGUACAUUGUUUUCUUUUAGAUAGAUGGGGUUGCAGCUCACACCUUGACUUCCUAGCCUUAGUAUCCGAAAAAAAAAGAGGAACUUGGGCUAUCUUUGGUUGUCUUUGGUGCGGUAAACAGCCACGCAAUGUGCUGUUUCUGUGGUAUAUGAAAGCAUUGAGCCUGGCUACAUAUGGAAUUUAUCAAUUUUUUGUCUCAUUAAUGAUUUGAAGUAAUAUCUCCCUUAUUCAACUAAUCCACCAUGGCUACAAGCUUAAAGAAGUGAAAUGAAUGCAGUUUCAUUGGGAUUUAAUUCUUGUUGUGUGUUGGAUGAUUGUUUUCUUGCUGUGUACAUGAUGCUUAUCUAUUUUUCUUCUUUGAAUAGUUUCAGAAAAACAGUGGUAUAUAACUGUUAAAAGUGUAUAUAACCGUUAAAAGUGUAUAUAACUAGCAUAUAUAACAGUGGUAUACAACUCAUAAAAGUGUAUAACCAGCAUAUAACAGUAACUUAACAUGCUGUCAAGUUUGUACUUGUUCAUGUGCUUGAGAGUUGAGUUUGAUUGUUGCUUCAUUUUCUGUUGAUAUAGGACUCUUUGGACAUUGCUUGAUAGAGUCUCAAACUGUUUUUAGAGUCUUGUGUGUUCACUCAAGUGUUUGUGUUUACUUGUCAGACUUCAAAGUGGCAGUCUCAUGUUCCAAUGUUCAAUUACAUAAAAUGGAACAUUUAUAGAAUGAAACCAUCAUACGCUGCUAUUUCAAGUAGAAAAUUUACCAUAAGGCUUGGCAUUUUGAUAUUGAUAUACAAAAAAGAAAAUCAAGAAUAGUGGACAUUUUUUUAGAACUUAAAGCCAUAUGUACAGAAUUAUAUGGGCUUUGGGUGCUGUAGACCUUCUAAUCAUAUUGAAGCAAAUAAAAUUCAAUUCCAUUGUUCUCUUGCCCCAGAAUAGUGGACAUUUUUUUUCCAUUGGCUCUUAGUUUGGUGUUUUCUUAACAGUAAUAUACCUUUUUUGGUUGUUGAAACCUGUUGUACUUCUGUUUGACAUUCUUCCUUCAAUCUGAGCCACCAUGUAUGAAUGACAUGAACUUCGAUGCUUCCUAUUCGUGCUGGUCUUCCCAUUAUUUAUGUGAAUUAUAUCCAUUUCAAUUACAAAGCAUGGAUCGCAUACAAGAAACUGAUUAGAUAUGUAGUAUUCAAAUAUAACUUUGAAACUGCAGCUCCUUUAUAAAUGGAUUUUGAUAUGAAACUUGGAAAGCAAUUUGAGUGUUCUAGAUGGUGUUAAUGUGCCUAGCUCUACCCGUUUCCCUUUAGGUAUGGGAUCUCAGCAGCCUAAAGACCCCGCGCCCAACAAGAAAGCUAAGAAAUAUUAUUGGAACCUAAAGAUGAUGACUUCUUUAUGGAUCUCAUGGUAGACGAGGUCAAUGGAAAACAAAAAUUCAAGGAAAUUUCACCCCUGAUGCUUGGAGAAGAAUGGUAAAAGCCAUGCAAGAUAAGUUUGGGGAUGACUUUGAUAGCUCAUCUGGCUUUGGUUAUCUAUCAAAGUCAUCCCCAAACUUAUCUGGCUUUGGUUAUCUAUCAAAGUCAUCCUCAAAACCCUCCUCCAUAGCUCAUCUGGCUUUGGAUGGAAUGACGCCAAAAAGCUGGUCACAGCAGAGGACGCUGUUUGAACCCAAUGGCAAGCGGUGAGUCUACAACACUAAUCUUCUAGGCAAGUCAAUUAUAUUUAUUUAGGUGCAUGCCAUAUUCUUACUGCUAAAUUUGCAGCAACACAAAUGGGUAUCCACGUUUAGGAAAACUCCUGUGCACAGAUAUAAGGACAUGGACCUUUGUUUUGGAGAUUCGACUGCCCAAUGGAAAUAGCAGUCACACUGGAUAUGAUUCUCCUCCUAAGGAGAACACCAUACAAGUAGAGGGUAAUGUUCCAAAUGAAGAGACUGAUGGCUUGUCCGAGAGGUUCUUGGGUCCCACUUCCCACCCACCCAGUAGGGGUGGAGGAAGUGGUUGCAUCAUCCAGUUCGGGUGACAGUGCGGGGACUCCGGCAUCCAGUAAGAAGCGCAAAGGCAUUGCUAGUUCAUGAGCUCGUAAAGGGAAGCGGUCUAGUGCAUCCAAUAAUGCAUACGAGCCACUUAAUAUGGUGGUCGAGGCAAUCCGCCAAAUGAGCGCCACUAGCCCUAGCUUUGCUUCUGCCCCUGCCUCUACUUCUAUUCCUAUCCCUAGUGUAGAGGGUGAAUGUAUGAAAGCCUUGGCUGAUGCAUAUGGUGAAGAUUUCAGUCCUGAAGUAGCUUACAAGGCUGCAGAUAUCUUCUUGCAACCUGGGAGAGCAAACAUGUUUUUAGCUAUGCCGUUAGAGUAUCGCAGGGGCUGGAUAGAAAGAGAAUUUAGGAAAACAUGAUUUUUGUCUUUUUUGUGGGGAUCUUCAUAUGUACUGCUACUUUGAUACAGUUUUUUAUGUUUUAUGGAGAUUUUGUUAUAAUGGCUUGUUUGCAAUUAAACAAUGAUUACAUAUGAUGGAGUACUUUAAUGAUGUGCUUUUGUUUUAUGGGGAUUUUCCUUUAAUGACCUAUUUGCAAUUAAUUGGGACACUCUACUUUGAUUGUUUUAUGGAGUACUUUAAUGAUGGCAAUUAUUUCCACAUUUUAGGGUUUGCAUUUCUAUGUCCAAAUUAACUGAACUCUCUCUCUCGCUCUAUGGUUUAACGGUGGCAUUUAUGAAGUUAAUUUGUGUAUGAGGUUUACAUAUUUUUAAAGGAGGUACCUGUUAAUUCAGCAGCCCAAAAGCGCACAUUAUCUGUUCACAAGAAAAUUAUCUGUUCACAAGAAACUGCAACUUUUCCUAGUUUUCCUAUGGCUGGUCUUCUCUCCACUGAUAAAAGAAGAAGUAAUGGCUGGGAAUUACGUGAUAGUACUUGCCUUUCAACAUGCCCCACCUCUACCUUUCUUCUCUCUCUUUUCUCUGGUCUUUUUUGUCUUUCCUGGUUUUACCAUUGAAAUUUUACAAAGGGAAAGCUUGUCCACUUAUGCUUGCUCUCUUUUGUGACUUUCUCUCUGUUUUUUCUUUGUUGGGUAUCUGAAUUUUGGCUUCAUAUGCUAUCCUUUUGGGGUAUAAGAGUUUAGAGACAGACGAAUUCUCAGAGCCUCCAAUUUAGGAUAACAUAUAGAAUGAAUAUGUUGCAGAGAUAGUGGACUUAAUGGGGUCGGGCAUGCCCAGACUCCAUGUGCUUGGCUCAACUCUUUGUAUGCAGGUAUAUUCAUCUCCUUUAGCAUUGGUUUUUCCUUGUUUUCGUUUCAGGUUGUUAGAUAGCUUCUGGUCUUUGAUAAUAAGUGGGUUUAUGGCUUCUAAGCAUGAGUGCUUUUGAGUGCUUUUUUAGUGGGUUCAGGGUUUGUUUCUUUGUUGGGUUUUGUAUGUAUGUCUUAGAGUUGGUUUCCUCUGAUUUAAUGCAUGAUUUAUGUUUCCUAAAUAUGACUUGAACUUGGGUGCCUCUGUUUUAAUGUUUUGGGUUAGUGGGUUUAUUGAUUGGACUAGUUGCCUUUUUAUUCUGGUUGCAUGUAUUGGGACAAUGGGUUUUAGGUGUAUUCAUGGUCUUUCUAUAUGAUUUUGGGUAAUUUUUUUCUUCAUUAAUGGGUAUUUUUUUUCUCUAUUAAGAUACUUGAGCAAGUGGCUUUAUUUUUGUUAUGAAAUAAGUAUCGAAUUAAGCAAAGAAUUUCUAGGAAGUGAGUAUAAUUGUUGUUCCGAUUUUUUUACAUAACCAAUAUGCCGUUGAAUUUAGGAGUUAAACAAGAUAUUAUGUUUUUUAUUUUUAUUUUGACAGAGUGCAUUGUAUAUAUUGACAUGUGAGGAUCUCUUUUGUAAUUAAUCGUGCAGGAAACUAUAUUGUCAUGGAACGAAAAAAAUUGCUCAUAAUUGUUGUCUUAGCUCUUUGUACAUGGAUAAUUUGUCAUGUACUAGAAUUGAUUAAUAAGCGACCCAUUCGAGUUCACACUUUUAUCGCUGACUGGGUCUGCCUUUGUUGAGUACCUAAUGACUGAACAUGGAAGAAGCUGCUUUGAUUUACUACAUAUGGAUGUCAAUACCUUUUGCAGAUUGUGUGAUAUUUUCAGACAGAGGUCCCUUCUUUAUGAUAAUCGGAAUAUUAUGGUAGAAGAACAAGUUGCAAUUUUCUUGAACACUAACACAAAGUCACGCCAACAGGGUGUUGCAAAUUCGCUAUCAACAUUCUGGAGAGACAAUUAGUAGACAUUUCAAUAAUGUGUUGAAUGUAGUACUACGCUUAGGAAGGGAGUAUCUGUUACCCCCGAGUGGUGCCACUCGUUCUUCAAUCUCAGGACACACUAGAUUUGCUAAAUUUUUUCAAGGAUUGUGUUGGAGCGCUUGAUGGGACACAUGUCACAGCUCAUGUUAAAUCACAAUGUCAUCCUCAAUUCCGCAAUAGGAAGGGUCAGAUAUCUCAGAAUGUACUAGCUGCGGUUUCAUUUGAAAUGACUUUUCAAUAUGUGCUUGCUGGAUGGGAGGGAUCUGCUUCAGACUCUAGAGUUUUAUACUCUGCAUUAGAGAGGGCUACUAAUCCAUUAAGAGUACCUCCAGGUAAAUUCUACCUCCUAGAUGCAGGCUACCCCAAUCAUAUGCGUGGGUUCAUAACACCAUACCGAGCAACUCGUUACCAUCUUUAGGACUAUCGAGGUGGUAAUAAUCCCAGGACAAGACAAGAACUAUUGAAUUAUCAACACUCAUCACUGCCAAAUGUUGUUGAGCGUACAUUUGGCUUGUGGAGGGCACGCUUCCCAAUCUUAUAGAAGCAAUUUCGCUACCCAUUUGAAAGUCAAGUUGGUAUUGUCAUUGCAACUUGCAUAUUACACAGCUAUAUCAGGAUGACAAGGGUUGUCCUCACUGAUGAGGAGUCAAGGUUUGAAAAUGUAUUGGAACAUGCUGAUCAAAUGGUGCGACCACCCAUAACUCAUGAUGAGGAUGAGGAUGACAUUGCUACAGAGUUACGUGAAGAAAUUUCCAAUGCAAUGUGGGAGCGAUAUCGAUAUAGGGUUUAGGAUGCAAUAGUUGUGAGGGUAUUACAUUUUUUCCUUUUUUAUUGUACUCGUACUAAUGUUAUCAUUUCAAGAUUGGAUAUGGACAUCAUGUGUUGAAGAUGUAUUCAUGGAUUGGAAUGGAAAAAGUAUUGUUAAAUUUUGUACUGC